CAGCACAAGAGCCAUGUGUUUUAGCUCCACGCUUUGAAGGGGCUCAAAAAAAACUUUUCAGAACUGUUUCUGAGAAACAGGAGAAAAGGGAGAGAGAGAGAGACAAAAAAGAGGAGGAGAGUGGGGGUGAAAGAGAGUGUAAGUGUGAGGGAGAGAGAUGGGGAGCAGAAGGAGCUGCAGACAAAAACAAGCUGUCUUCCAUGUGGAGAUUUGAUCUCAGUUGUUCAAAGAUACCUCUGUUGGACAAUAUUUGUGAGAUUCUUCAAGUGACCCAACAACAGAGGCUCUAAUCCUCACUCUGUGUUUCCCAUCCCGUCACUGAAGUUAGCCACCAGCUGUUUCAGUGAUGCAGUCCGACGAGCUCUCAGCCAGAGAGGAGUUCACCUACAGCCACAUGCCCACCCUGGAGAGGGGCGGUGGGACGCUGGGGCGACGGGGCGACAGAGGAGCAGAGAGAAGGCCGGAACGGGGAGAGCGGUAUAAACCCGAGCGGGACAGCUACACAGUGGACGUGAGGGCCAGUGACCUGCAGCUGGCCCAGCCGGAGGCUCUGAAGCACCCCUGCUUCAGCUACAGGGCCUGGCUCUACAGCGUCCUUAUAGGGGGCAGUCUGCUUAUCACAUCUGGUUUCUCUCUGUACCUGGGAAAUGUGUUUCCUGUUGCCAUGGACUACCUACGCUGUGCUGCAGGCUCAGGCCUCCCUGCAGCAAUAGCCAGUUUCGCCAUUGCCAAGAACAGACAUGUUGCAGUGUCAGAUUUCCAGGUGGUCUAUGUGUCAACAUUUGCUGUAACGACCACCUGCCUGGUUUGGUUCGGAUGUAAACUGGUCCUGAACCCUUCAGCUGUCAAUAUCAACUUUAACCUCAUCCUGAUGAUUGUACUGGAGGUGUUGAUGGCCAGUACUGUCAUCCUGUCAGCCCGCUCUGCAGAAGACUGCUGCUGCCACAGGAAGCCGGUGACAUAUGACAGACCUGUGGUUAUAACGCCUGCAGUGUUCCCCACUCGACUCCUUAAAGCGUAUUCUGUGAUUGAAGUAAUCGUGGGAAUUUCUGCUGUGUUUGGAGGAAUUAUUGCCCUCAACAUGGAUGCUUUGCUUCCUGGUCCGUACCUGUCUGUCACAUUUUUCUGGAUUCUUGUGGCUUGUUUUCCCAGUGCUAUUGCCAGCCAUGUUGUGUCAGAAUACCCCAAGAAGUGUCUGGUGGAGAUGCUGAUUGCCAUCAGCAGUGUGACGUCUCCCUUGCUCUUUUCAGCCUCCGGCUUCCUCUCUUGCAGUGUGAUCAGCUUCGUUGAAAUUUUCCUGUAUGAUGUACCAACAGCCAAGCAAUCCUACGACAUCCUGCUGCUGAUUCUGAUGGUGCUGCUGCUGGUGCAGGCAAUUCUAACUUCAGCCACUGUGGUGCACUGUGCCUCCUACAAGAGUCAGCUCCGCAUGGGGGCUCCAGAGUGCGAGGACAACAUGCACACCCCAGCCCACUACUGCGAGGUACGGCAGCAGCAAGCAUCUAAUGGAACGCUGCAGGAAUUUGACAAAGACAGAACCUGGAAGGCAGUUGUGGUCCAAAUGGCCCAAUGAACAGCCCUGCAGUGCGAUGAGAAGUGGGAGAACAAGGAAUAAAAGAAACUCUGUGAGCUGUAAGAGUACAAACUGGGACAGAACAUGCUAGAAGAAAGAAAAAAAAACAGUUAAGAUGUAUUCAGAAUGAGAGAUAGAGGAAAAGGUGGGGAAAAUAAAGAAUGAAAGAUAUGGAAAGAAAUCAGAAAGAGAAAAAAAGUUGAACAAAUACAAAGCAGCAAAUAUGAUUCUUAUAUUUGUUAUUGGUUAAGAUAUUUGCCUAGAUAAUGUUAUGAGCACUUUGCUUUGAUGUCUGUUUUCUGGGUUUUUAUAAAUGUUGCCCUCUUACUGUAGUGAGGAAUGGCAUCAUUUGAAGUGGGAAGUGAACCAUUCAAUGAACAAUCAUGUGAGUCAAUUUUAACGAGUAUAAAAAUGUUCAGAGCAAUUAUGAUGUUUGUUCUAUUUCUUCUAUGCAGCAAACACAUACAACUGAAUUAAUUUUGGAUUUAACGGAUGGUACCGAUUUGUCCGUAUCGUUGUCGAGGUUGGAAAGGAUGUCAGGAUGAAAUGAAAAUGUUUGAUAUUUUUUAUAUCCCAAAAAAUAGAAUGAUCUAAAAUGAGAAAUGUGCAUUUUUGAUGCUUUUCUCCCGCGUGUGGUGGCUUUUCUAUUACCCGGCACUGGCUCAAUUUAUUAUAAGGUAUCAACAUGUCAUGACCUUGUAAUGUUUUGAAACAGCCACAUUUAUAGGAGUUUUCCACAGAUGCAAAAGAUCCUCGGACAGCAAAUGAAACAUGUUUAAAAAUCAGUGGCAGACAUUAUUCUCUGCAAAUUUUCUUUCCAAAUAGUCAACACUUAUCUUACAGCACUCUCUUGAUUGUUGUAUUUUGUUCAGUAGCAGGCCUCUUUGUGUCUUCAAAGUGGUGUGGUAAUGGUUGCAACAGUUUAUUAAGAGAAUUGCAGAUAUUAACUGAUGUGAAGCGUUUUAACUGAAAUUGUGUCACAUUUAGAAAAUAAAAUGUUUGGCAUCAACUGUAAGUAAACACAUGUGUACAAUG